GAGCAGACCUUUGAGAAGAUGGAAAACAUGGAGAUUCAGAAGAUGAGUAGUAGUACUACCUCUGCUUCCAAUGACAACGAAGAAAGUGAUGUUUUGCUGCCCGGGUUUCGGUUCCAUCCAACUGAUGAAGAGCUUCUAGGAUUUUAUCUCAAAAGGAAGGUGGAGAAGAAACCUCUCAGCAUCGACAUAAUCAAACACGUUGAUAUCUAUAAAUACGAUCCUUGGGAUCUUCCAAAAGUAAGCAAACUGACCACCAUAAGUGAAAAGGAGUGGUAUUUCUUCUGUAGGAGAGGGAGGAAGUAUAAGAACAGCAUAAGGCCCAACAGGGUGACAGUAUCUGGAUUUUGGAAGGCAACCGGCAUAGACAAGCCUAUCUAUUCCGUCGGAGGAACCCACGACUGCAUUGGCCUGAAGAAAACCCUAGUCUACUACCGGGGAAGUGCUGGAAAAGGAACCAAAACUGAUUGGAUGAUGCAUGAGUUUCGCCUCCCAACCAAUAUCAAGAAAGACAACUUUCAAGAGGCUGAAGUUUGGACACUUUGCAGGAUUUUCAAGAGAGAUGUUUCAUAUCGAAAAUAUGCAUCAGAUAUCCAGAAAAGUUCUUCCAAGCAAAGCACUGCCGCUUCAAGCUCUAAUGAUAUGGCAUGCAGUUUCGAGUCAAACAAUGGGGGCAGGGUUAAGGAGAUUGAAAUGGAGCUUGUCAAUGAUCAUUUCUAUAACAGGAACCAAAUGUUUGCAGCAACAGCUCAUCAUCAAGUAGCUCCAUUUCCGAUGUCGUUUUUUGGAGAAGAUCAGAACUGGGAUGAGCUAAGGCCAGUGGUUGAGUUUGCUCUUGACCCAACACUGCUUUAUGGUUACAGGUAGAUUGAGCAAUAUGGUAGAUUCAAAAUAAUGUCAGAGGGACUCUAAUAGACUUACCUAAGCCUUCUUUUGCUCUAAUUUCCCUUGGUUUUUUUGUUUGCCUGUAACUGUAACUAACAGCAAUGAUGGGCAACUUACUUGCUCACUCAGUGCAAAUAAGCAUUAAUUAUGUACUCCUCUUUUUUGGGUAAUUGUUCAGAUUAAAAUCUAGCUACAAAACUAAAAUAAACAACAAAUAGCCAGAAAACUAUUGUUACUAACUCCUAAAAGGAAAAAUGGGGGCCAGCACAAAAAUAAAGGGUAACUCAAGUUACCACAUCAAAGGGUAUGAUUUCUAGUGUUAAUCAGCUAUUCUU